GUCCCGGCUCAAACGCGCGCGGGCUCCGAGGCGCGGAGCAUGCUCAGUGGCGGCGGCGCCCGGCCGCGUCCGCCCUCUCCCAAAAUAGACGUUUAACUCUCUCCACUCCGACGUGCGAGGCUCCGGCGCCGCCGGCUCGCUCUCUCUCGCUCUCUCUCUCUCUCUCCCCUCAUUUUCCAGGCUCCGAGGGAAGCGCCCCGGCAGCCAAUGAGGGGCCCUGGCGGGCGGAGCCCGGCGCGGCCGGCGCCUCUGCGGGGACCCUCCCGGAGGACGGAUGCGGCUGAGUGAGCCCGGCGCUCCCGGCUGACAGCCGAGGCGGGACGGCGACCGGCGCCGCCGCUGCGGGCUGCGGGGCGCUGCCAGGUUUGCCGGAGCCCCCGCCCGAGCAUGCUCCCUUGACGCGGCUCCUCGCCGAAGCCGGCGCGGCUCCCGGAGGAAGAUGACCCCCAUGCUCAGCGCGGCGGCCGCCCGGGGACGAUGGCCCCGGUCGAGCGCCGCCAGGAGGGCUGCCUGCCUGCUGGCCGCGGCGUACGCGCUGAAGACGCUCUACCCGGUGCUGGACAAGCGCCUGCGGCCGGCCGGCGCCGGCAGGAAGACGGCAGCAGCCGCCCGCCGCCGCCGGGCUGCAGGCGCCGGGGAGCUGCGGCACUGCACCGAGGCCGAGGGCGGCUGCGAGGCGCGCUCGCCCGCGGUGGACGGCUUCUUGCACCAGCUCCGGGCACUCCGGAAGAUCCUCUUCCCGAAACUCGUGAGCCCCGAGAGCGGGUGGCUGUGCCUGCACUCGGUGGCCCUGGUCUCCAGGACGUUUCUGUCCAUCUACGUGGCCGGCCUGGACGGGAAGAUCGUGAAGAGCAUCGUGGAGAAGCAGCCGCGCUCCUUCGCGGUGCAGCUGGCCAAGUGGCUGAUGAUCGCCAUCCCGGCCACGUUCGUCAACAGCGCCAUCCGCUACCUGGAAUGCAAGCUGGCGCUGGCCUUCCGGACGCGCCUGGUGGACCACGCCUACGAGACCUACUUCGCAGACCAGACUUACUACAAGGUGAUCAACAUGGACGGGAGGCUGGCGAACCCCGACCAGUCCCUGACCGACGACAUCAUGAUGUUCGCGCAGUCCGUGGCCCACCUGUACUCCAACCUGACCAAGCCCGUCCUGGACGUGAUCCUCACGUCCUACACCCUCAUCCGGACCGCCAGGUCCAGAGGGGCCAGCCCCAUCGGGCCCACCGUGCUGGCGGGGCUGGUGGUGUACGCCACGGCCAAGGUGUUGAAAGCCUGCUCUCCCAGAUUUGGCAAACUGGUGGCCGAAGAGGCCCACCGGAAAGGCUACCUGCGGUACGUGCACUCCAGGAUUAUCGCCAACGUGGAAGAAAUUGCCUUCUACAGAGGACACAAGGUUGAAAUGAAGCAACUGCAGAAGAGCUACAGAGCUCUGGCCGACCAGAUGAACCUUCUCCUAUCCAAGCGCCUGUGGUACAUCAUGAUCGAGCAGUUCCUGAUGAAGUAUGUGUGGAGCAGCAGCGGACUCAUUAUGGUGGCUAUACCUAUUAUCACUGCGACGGGCUUUGCAGACGGUGACCUGGAAGAUGGCCCCAAACAAGCUAUGGUCAGUGAACGGACAGAAGCCUUUACCACUGCACGGAACCUGCUGGCUUCUGGUGCUGACGCUAUUGAAAGGAUCAUGUCUUCGUACAAAGAGAUCACUGAAUUAGCAGGUUAUACUGCUCGAGUGUACAAUAUGUUUUGGGUCUUUGAUGAAGUAAAAAGAGGCAUUUAUAAGAGAACCAGUGUCCUUCAAGAACCUGAAAACCAUGGCAGGAAUGGGGUUGACAUAGAGCUACCUCUAAGUGACACACUGGCAAUCAGAGGAAAAGUUAUUGAUGUGGAUCGUGGAAUUAUUUGUGAAAAUGUCCCCAUAAUCACACCAGCUGGAGAAGUGGUGGCUUCAAGGCUGAACUUCAAAGUAGAAGAAGGAAUGCACCUGUUGAUAACUGGUCCCAAUGGUUGUGGGAAAAGCUCUCUCUUCAGAAUUUUGAGUGGACUGUGGCCGGUGUAUGAAGGGGUCCUCUACAAACCCCCUCCUCAGCACAUGUUCUACAUUCCACAAAGGCCGUACAUGUCUCUUGGAAGUCUUCGGGAUCAAGUCAUCUAUCCUGAUUCAGUGGAUGACAUGCAUGAUAAAGGCUAUACAGACCACGAUUUGGAAUGUAUUCUACGCAACGUCCACCUCUAUCAUAUAGUUCAGAGAGAAGGAGGGUGGGAUGCUGUGUUGGACUGGAAGGACGUCUUGUCGGGAGGGGAGAAGCAAAGAAUGGGCAUGGCACGCAUGUUCUACCACAAACCAAAAUAUGCAUUGCUGGAUGAAUGUACCAGUGCUGUCAGCAUUGACGUGGAAGGGAAGAUAUUUCAGGCUGCGAAAGGGGCUGGAAUCUCCUUAUUGUCUAUCACACACAGGCCUUCUCUCUGGAAAUACCACACUCACUUAUUACAGUUUGACGGUCAAGGAGGCUGGCGUUUUGAACAGCUGGACACUGCUAUCCGUUUGACGUUGAGUGAAGAAAAACAAAAGCUGGAAUCUCAGCUCGCCGGAAUUCCCAAAAUGCAGCAGAGACUCAAUGAACUGUGCAAACUUUUGGGGGAAGACUCAGCUCUGAAAACAAUGAGAUACGCAGAGGAGAGCUCCUAGUUUGUUUUUAAAGGUAAAUUUUAGGUGAAGACUCAGAGACACAGCCCCAGCGCAUGCCGUCUGCUAAGCUAAGCACAGAGAAUGGAAGACAGCAGGAAAUGUUUGACAAGACUUCACAUCAAGGAAGUACCCGAUCUGACUUUUCAGAAGAAAAUAAACAGAUACAUUAUGGAAGAUUAGUUAUUAUGGCUUCUGCUAAUUCCUGAUGAAAAGCAAGUUCACCUGUGAAACAGGAUUUUCUAGGUGAAUUCGUGAUGAAUGCCAGAUUUACUGUGCAUAAUUGAUGUGUCCGAAGCACUUAACCAGUGUGGGAGUCGUCUGAGAAAAGAAACCACUGAAGAGCAGCGUUAGGGUUGAUAGCAGGUGCUACACUGAGCACUCUUAGCCCAUGGAGGCUUGACAUUAGGUUUCAUAGCUCAAAUUCAUGCUCAUCCUUGCUAGAGGCCACUGAAAAAUAAAACCGUGUAUAAAGUAGCUGGCAGUUCAAUAUUUUUAAACAAUUAUUUGAAUGGCAAUGGUUGAAAGAAAAAAGCAUAGCUAUGCAUGAAUGAACUGCCAUGUUUUUAAGUUUUAGGCUGUGAGCAUCUUACUGCAGCCACAUAAGUUAAUUUUAAUGACAGUCUUACCUACGUGUUAAUAAAUCCUCUCAUUUUAAGAGUGGCCAACAUAGAAAAGGGGCAUCCUAAUCACUUUCAUCUCAACCUGUUUUUUAUUUUGCUUGGCAGCAUUAUCUAUUGCAAUUUCUGUCCGAAAUACCAAAUUUUAUGUCCCAGAAAGUCCACAUUUUAAAAAUUGCACACUUGCAGUACUGUAAUAUGAUGAGGUACCCAAAAGUUCCUGGAAAAUGUGAUUAAAAGAUAAUGCAAUUAAAAGAUAAUGCACAUUUUCCAUGAGAUUUUUGAAGACCUCUGAUAGAAUAUAGCGAUUCUGAAAAUCACAAUAAGAACAGCGUACACGGAAAUAAUACUUUGCAAUUUACAAUGCCCAUACAUUUCAUGUCAUGAUAUUCCUUGUGGUGAGCUUUUGAGACAUGUUGGUUCUCCUACUUUGUUUUUGAGAAAACUGAACUCAGAUUUGCCCAAACCACGCAGUCCAGGUAGGGAGAGAUCCAUGGAUCGCACAAAGUUCUCCUGAGUCCCAGCUGAGUAAUGUUUCCAUUGUUAUCCCUGAAAUCUAAGUGGGAGGCAAUAUCAAUGAAAUUUAAGUGAGAUAUUAAAAGGAAAUUUUGAUGAUGAUGGCUUUAUUGUUACUGGGCUAUUGUUUACAAGAAAUGAAAGUAAGUGUGAAAUGGAAUGGGCCUUGGUUUGUGGCUUAAUGUGAGCCAGGGGAGUUGGGAAAUCUUACAGGACCACGUGAUCUUACUCAAUAUUCAUGUAUCCCUAGUGCAUUGGCGCUCAGAGGGCAGUUAGUUGUGUUUUAGAGGAAUUUUAUACUUAUUGAACAUAAUCAGAAAUAGUUUGUGUGGACUGGUCAUAUGAGGUAGAAAUGUGUGUGGCCUGCAGAUCAAAGCAGAACACCCAAAGCUAACACUACAGUCUCUUACUACCUAUGCCAUCAUCGAGAUAAGCCAGAGGGGGAAAAAAACCCGGAAUGCUUGCGUCUAGUAGCUUAGGAUUCUAUUUGUAUGUUUAGGCACAGCCCUACGAGAAGCUGAGUGAGUGAUUCCUAGGCUUUUUCAGGUGGGAGAGUGCCUGCAGUCAUACAUGAGGAUCAGUGUAGAACAUUCUAGCUUUUGUAUAUCAUCAGUUUGGCCAUGAUAACGAGGACCUUUUUUUAAUAUCAAUACAUGUAACCAUCCUAAUCAUUACAUCUGUCCAAGUUUUUCUGUUAUUAUUGUUAGCUACUUGUUUAUUCAUUUCUCUGUUAUACUAUGUCCUAUUAGAAAACAGAAGACAUUAAAAGAUUUUUUUAAAAAAGCAUAGAACUGAACUAGAAUUUGAUAAAAUUACCUGUUCAUCUCAACUUUUACAGGAGCAGUUAUCCCAUAUAUACUGUUAAAGAUGGGAAAUGUUUGAGGCUUUUUGAAAAAAAUUAUUAAUAUAGAAGAACAGAUUUUUUUUGACAGGCAGAGUUAGGGAGAGAGAGAGACAGAGAGAAAGGUCUUCCUUCCGUUGGUUCACCCCCUCAAAUGGCCACCAUGGCUGGCGCUCUGUGCGGAUCCGAAGCCAGGAGCCAGGUGCUUCCUCCUGGUCUCCCAUGCGGGUACAGGGCCCAAGCACUUGGGCCAUGCUCCACUGUCUUUCCAGGUCAUAGCAGAGAGCUGGACUGAAGAGGAGCAACUGGGACAGAAUCCAGCGCCCCAACUGGGACUAGAACCCAGGGUACUGGUGCCGCAGGCAGAGGAUUAGCCUAGUGAGCCGUGGCGCUGGCCGAAAGAACAGAUUUUAUGCAUUCCAUAGGUAUAAACAGACAACUACACUCCCCUCACUCCCUGCUCCGCCCCAACUCCUCUCUGUCCCUCCUCUCUCUUCUUCAGUUUUUGCAAGGACAUAAUUUUAAACAGUCUAUAUUCACAGGCUUAAUGCACCACUAAUCAUAAUAUUAAAUAAGUACAAAAUAGGAAGACCAUAGUUCCACGAGGGCAUACACACAAGCUAAAAAUGACAAUCAUAUCCCAAAGUGACCAAUUCCUAUAGAUUGUUUAUAUUCUAAAUUAAUUGUCACAUAUCAGAGAGGACGUGUGAUAUUUGUCUUUUUGAAACUGGAUUAUUUCACUAAGCAUGUUUUACAGUUGCAUCCAUGUUGUUGUAAAAGAUAGGAUUUCAUUCUUUCUUUUUUUUGGCUGAGUAUCAUACCAUGGUGUAUAUAUGCAACAUUUUCUUUAUCCAGUCAUCAGUUGGUGGACAUCUGGGUUGGUUUCAUAUCUUAACUAUGGUAAAUGGAGUUGCAGUAAACAUGGGGGUACAAAUAAC